GAAUGAUCGACCUCCCCCAUGGCCGGCCCACUGAACCUCCCCUGCAUGGUCUCUUGUAUAUCCCGUGCCACAGCAAUCCACCAUUGACUGUUCCCUCUAGCUAGCUACAGCUCUUGGCUAUCAUGGCUCCUAACACCCCUAAUGGCCUCGCUAAUCAAGAGCCCAAGGCGAUCUUCACCCGGGAGGAGGUGUUUCAGCACCGUAAGAAGGACGACUGCUGGAUAAUCCUGGAAGGAGAGGUCUACAAUGUUACUCCAUGGCUCAAGAAACACCCAGGAGGAGCGAGGGUUGUUCUGCACUACGGAGGAGAGGAUGCUACAAUUGCCUGGACAAGCUUCCAUAAUGAUCUCAACCAGGUCAAGAAGUACCUCACUGCAUUCCACAUUGGUACCCUGCAAGAUGGGAAGAUGACAGAGAUUGACAAGGAUUUCCUGAAACUGAGGAGUAGUUUAAAGGAAAAGGGCUUCUUCAAACCAAGUGUCCCAUUCUUCAUUGCUCAUUUUCUGCACAUCUACUUUUUUUUCUUUGCUACCUGGGGGGUCCUGUGGUACUUUGGAAACACAUGGGCCACUUGGCUCAUAGCUGCAGUGUUCAUGACCACCUGUCAGGCACAAUCGGGUUGGUUGCAGCACGACUUUGGUCACCUCUCUGUGUUUAACAGCUCCAAGCUCAACCACGCUGUGCACGAUAUUACUAUCGGACUAAUGAAGGGUGUGUCCAGUUGGUGGUGGAAUUACAGGCACUUUCAACACCAUGCCAAACCCAAUGUGCACAUGAAGGACCCAGACAUUACUGCUCCCUACCUGUUCCUGUUCGGAAAGGUCAUCCCUGAAAAGUGGGGUCGACGGCGUUUGGGGAUCAUGCCAUACAGAAUUCAACACCUCUACUUCUUUUUUCUUGGACCACCUCUGCUUCUCCCUAUCUACUUCCAUCUGGAGGUGCUCUUUUACACAUUCAAAAGGAAACUAGUAAAGGACUUCUUGUUGAUGGUGGGUUUUUAUCUGAUUUUCCAUUUCACCUUUGCCCCUCUUAUGGGUGGAUUCUGGGGCAACUUCCGUUGGUAUUUUUUCAUCCGAUUCCUGGAGAGCCACUGGUUUGUGUGGGUGACCCAAAUGAGCCAUCUUCCCAUGCACGUGGACACUGACAAGAGAGAUAAUUGGGUGUCAAUGCAACUCAAAGGCACUACCGACGUGGAAACGUCUUUCUUGAUUGACUGGUUCUCUGGUCAUCUCAACUUUCAGAUUGAGCACCACCUAUUCCCUACCAUGCCCCGCAACCAGUUUGCAGCUGUGAAGCCGUAUGUAGUGGAGUUUUGCAAAAAGCACGAUAUCAAGUACCACUCGAAAACAUUCUAUGAUGCACUGGCUGAUAUUGUGAGGUCACUGAAGGAGUCCUCUGACAUCUGGGCUGAUGCUUAUGAUGCCCACAUUCCCCUGAAGGCUGACUAGUACCACACUAUAGUUAGUAUACACUAUACGGACGAGAGUUUAUUGUGUUUUUUUUACAGAACACAGACGUUAUAUUUUAAUAUAAUUACAUGCUUUUUAUUGCCUCGUUAGUUUCUAUUUAUUGGAUAUGAAAUAUUUUCCCCUUAUGUUGA